UCGCCGCCCCGCCCACCGUCCUCAAGAAAACAUGGGAAAAGUUCACGGAUCCCUCGCCCGUGCGGGUAAAGUCAAGUCUCAGACACCCAAGGUAGAGAAGCAGGAGAAGAAGAAGACCCCCAAGGGCCGUGCUAAGAAGCGGAUUCUCUACAACCGCAGAUUCGUGAACGUCACCACACUCCCUGGUGGCAAGCGGAGAAUGAACCCCAACCCCGAGAAGUAAAAUGCCUAUGGGCCCUUCUUUAGGGCGCCGCGUGCGCCUGCGCACCAGCACGUCUUGUAGGAGGACUGGAUAGCGGAGCGGCGGCCGUGCUGGGUUGAGAGUCACGCUGUAGGGAGACGACGAGGGUCGAGCUCGUCGGUGCUACGUUAUGUCAUCUUUCGCUUUCCGUCCCCUUGUAUCUGUAUGCAUAUCAUGCAAACCAUGGACCAUGGUGAACACCACGAAUGCAAUGUUCGGUAUUUGAGGUUGGC